CAUCUGCUUAGAAAUGACAGUGAAAGACGCUGUACCAAUAAAAGGACCACAAGGCUGAGAUUGCAGUUCAAACAGAGACAAAAGCUAAAUUCUCAACAACUUCUGUGGCUUUUUAAACAUGUUUAAGGAGCCUUAGCUAUUUGAAGAAGCUAUUACAACUCACAAUCUGCUGAAGGAUUCAAGACAUAAACUUCACGCAACUUUUGCAUCACAAGGGCUGCUGAGAUUUCCACAAACGCUGCUAGUAAGGUGCACCAGUUUAGGACAUGGAGUGGUACACACUGGCAAUGAUUCUCUCUCUUGGAUUAUCGUAUUCUGUAAAGGCUGACUGUUCACGUCAGUGCUCCGCCUGUUCUUCUGAGGGGGAACACACAGACACUCAUGUUGACCCACUGGUUUGUGCUUUAGAAUGUGAGGGAUCUUUGCUCUCUCAGUCUGAGUGGGAAAAGUGCAAAGAGUUUCUGAAACUGGCCCCAGAAGACUUGUCAAGUAGUGACAGCAACACUGUGAUUGAUCCAGAAUAUAACGUGGAGAGGCAAGAGCAACAGCCUCUUAGCAAUGAUCAGUUUGUCAGCUUGGUGAAACGUUAUGGGGGAUUCCUGAAGAAAAUUGGUAAGAAUAAACCAUUUACUCGGUCACUGACUGAUGAAGACAGUAAUACUGAUGAAAAUAUGGUUAAAAGAUAUGGUGGAUUCUUCCGAAAGUUUGGGGAACGAGCUGCUCCCGAUAUAACAGAAAAUUCCCAAGAAGUAAAAAGUGCUUCGGAAAAUGAGGAUGUGACCUAUGAUAUGGAAAGCCCUAACAAUUCACCACUGAAAGAAUUCAAGCGUUAUGGAGGUUUUUUACGAAAAUGGAAUCCUAAAAGAAGUGCUGAUCCAGGUGAGGAAGGCAUUCAGGUACAAGAAGAGUUACAAAAACGGUACGGGGGAUUCAUGAGAAGAAUUCGUCCAAAAAUCCGAUGGGACAAUCAGAAAAGAUAUGGUGGUUUUCUAAGGCGUCACUUCAAGAUUACAGUUCGGUCAGAUGAAGACCCAACUCCAUAUCUGGAUGAGUUUUUAGAUCUUUAAGUUAAUUCUGAACAAAGACAUAUUUACCAACUCAAAGACUUCCAAUGUGGACUCACUGUAACGCUUUUAAAUGUUUUCUUGUGUUUUUAAUGUAUAUAUAUAUAUUAUAUAUUCUAUUCCUUUCAGUUAAGUUUUUAAUGUGACUGUUGGCAUGUUUGCACAUUCAUAUAGACACAAACAGACACACACACACACACACACACACACACACACACACACACACACACACACACACACACACACACACACACACAUAUAUAUAUGCACACAGACUCUUCAGUACAUACAGAUAUUCACCGACACACACAUAGACACACAUACUUGUAUGGUCCCUUGUAUAAGAUUUACUGAACAGAAAAUAUGGAAUGUUUGCCAUAUUACUAAAAUGCUUUUUCUUCCUAUCAGUCUCUUCCUGACUUUACCCGUUCAUUGCCCAUUGUGCCCCAUGGGGGCAACAGCAUUUGUGCGCAUGUAUUCCUCCUGGCACAUGCAAAGAGAGAGAGUCUUUAGAAAGGGUCAUCAUCCAGGCAGCCAAGAGGUGCAUUUGCGAUAAUCUCCUGUACUUCCUGGCAACGGAUGAGAAUGGCAACAUUAUCUGCCUUCCAAACAUGCUCACUAUCUUACAUGCCCAGCUACAGCUACAAAGCAUGUUGCUUGCUGAACACAGACAGAUAUACCACUGUCAUGGCGUAAGUGCUGCUGGUGAAAUUUGUUUUGAUUUGCAGCCUCUACCAGGUGUCAGUACUGCAGUGACACUUGGUGUCUCACCCCCUCAAACUGGUGAGAGAGCACACUACACAUUCCACCUGCUCUGCUUGGCAUUUAGCAUGGGGGUGCAAAUACAUGUAUAGAGAUGUGGUUCAAGAGUUAUAAGAAUACUGGAGGCACAUUAGCAUACACAAUGUAUACAGGCAAAGAAAAACAACACUGAAUAUGAAGAUUGCAUUGUUACAGUAGUGUACUGUUCUUUAGAAAGAAGGUUUGCAGAAUAGUCAUGUACUCAAGUGAAUGUAUCCAAGUGGUACAAUAAUAGUAAAUUACUUUAUACAUUUAAUAUUAUAUUCCAGCAUGUGACUGAUGUUUGUUUUACAAUCAGCACUUGGAGCUAGACAUAGUCAUUUUACUGAUGAUUUACUAUGUUGCAUCACUGCAAAUGUAUAAUCAAGAAAAAUGUUUAAAAAUCUUUCAUUAAAUCACAUGGUUGGGAUUCAAGAAGUGAACAUUCAGUUUUUGAGUAAAUCAUUAGAACUUUUUGUCUUCUGACAUUUGUUUCAGUGUUAUGUAUGGGAUAUAAAUACACACACACACACACACACACACACACACACACACACACACACACACACACACACACACACACACACACACACACACACACACAUUUUCAAAUUAUACAUUUGUAUUAAGAAAUCCUGUUUAUGUAACUAAAUGCUAGCUUUUGCAAUCAUUAACUGCCCACAAUGUCAACUUCAAAUGAUUAAAAAAAGCAGUGCUACCUAGUUGCUUGUCUAUCUACAAAUUAACACAUAAACAAAUAAAUAAAAUUAUGUUCAUGUGUCCAUAAA